AUAUAGAGGCAAUAUUAAGUGUGUGUAUGUGUGUGUUUGUGUGUAACAGCCAGUAAUUACAUCCCAGCUUCGGAGCCAAUCAAGACAGAGAGAGAUACAGAGGGAGGAAGCCCAUUUAGAUUCCCAGUCUAUUCCCAGGCAAAGAGAGACGUGCUGGGUGAGAGCAGAUGGACAAGAUGAACCACAGCUCAGCAGAGGCAGAGGCUGAAACCAUAGAACCACUGCGCUACCUCAGUAAAGGGGAGGCGGCAGCUAUCGAGAACGAGCUACUGAAGGACUACAGGUUUGGACAACAGCAGCUGAUAGAGAUUUGGGGACAAGCAUGUGCCCUCGCCAUCACUAAGGCCUACCCGCUCAGCUCUCUAGCAAAGAAGCAGCCAACAGUGCUGGUGAUUUGUGGUCCAGAUCAAAAUGGCUCCAUUGGCCUGGUGUGUGCCCGACACCUGCGCAUAUAUGAAUAUGAGCCCACCAUCUACCACCCUAAACGCUCCUCUCAGAGUCUACACCAGGACUUCACAGUUCAGUGUGAGAAGAUGGACAUCCCUUUCCUCUCCUAUCUCCCCACAGAGGUGCAGCUCAUAAACGAUGCCUACAACCUAGUGAUUGAUGCCAUGAUGGGCCCAGAUGCAGACUGCACCAACAUUAAGGAGCCCUACCCUGGUAUUCUGGUCACCCUGAAGCAAGUCAAGGUCCCUAUUGCCAGUGUGGAUGUGCCCUCAGGUUGGGACGUAGAAGAACCGAGUCAGGAUGGCAUCAACCCAGAAGUUCUCAUCUCACUCACAGCACCAAAAAAGUGUGCCAUGAGUUUCUCGGGGAAGCAUUUCUUGGCCGGACGCUUCCUGCCCUAUGACAUCCAGAAAAAAUACGAGCUUAACCUCCCUGUCUUCCCUGGCACAGACUGUCUCAUAGAAUUGUAACACAUGGGAAACAUCAGAGCUGGUGUGGCCACUCCUCAUUUUCAAAAAACAUAUGGUUAAUCUAUUCUCUUGUUUUGCAUUUUAUAGAUUGUUCAUGUGAUUUAAUGUUAACAGCUCAGUUGAGGAGAAUCAGGCUACACCUUAGCCAAAUGUGCUGUUGAGCUACAGUAGACGGAUAAUAUUUAGAGCCUGUGGUUUGAGUUAUGUCUUUUAGGGAAAUGGCAUGAGGAGUUUUUGUGUCAGUCUACCUGUAAAAGCUGUAGCAUUACACUGUUUUCUGAUUACUUUGCAAAAGACAGAACUUUUUUUUUUCAAAGUCAGCAAAGAAAGAUGGAUUUUCUAUGACCCCAACCACUGGAGUGUUUGUUUUUUUUUCUUUCAAACUUUGAAUGUUCUGAUGCUCUUAUGUUCUACUGACGUGUGUUGCUGAGAUGAGAUGUUGUGACGGUUGGCCAUUUAGAAAUUUCUCUUCAUGUGUUUUUGGUUUGUUUGGUCAGCCUGCACUUCUGCAUUACUUUUGUUUCAGUUACUUCAUUAGCUGUUACAA